AUUCACGCAAUCAUCUGAUCGAUAUUCGGUCGCAAUCAGCUGACCGUUGUCGUUCCGGGUUGGUACUCUUUAUUUUAGGCUUUGAUGUAUUCUGUUUCUGUGAAACAGAUCCAGCCAACGAGCCAACCUCUAUCCAUUUUUGUUUUUUUCUUGGGCAAUAAACUGUUAGCUUCCGGACGGCUCUCCUGAAGGCGGUCUCAUCCAAUUGCCUCACACUAUUAGGCAGCUUGUUGUAGAAUUUCAGGGCUGAAAUCCUGUAACUGGCCUGUGAUCGGUGGAGGAGUCUCCUGGGGAUAUCAAACAGCUCACUGCGCAUGGUGUUGUGGCGGUGGAUGUCACUACGGGCAGCUAGAGUUUAGGUAUGGACAGUCAAGUGCAAGUGGAAGGCCGACUGUUGGACAUAGUUGAUGACGAGUGGCGUGAAGAAGAGCUCCCUCAUAACGACAUCAACGUGCCUCUGGCCGAGCUGCCCGACCCCGAAGCUGACAACGGCGACUCGCACAUCACGCUCAAGGAGGCCGAUGCCAAGUGGACUGACCUGGCUCUCAACAUUCUCAAUGACCAGCACCAGACCACCAACAACUAACUUAUCCUCUCAACUACAAUUUUAUAUACAUUAAAAAGACAAAAUGGAAUUCCCUGAAGCAGGCAAACGAUGUAAUCAUUUGGAAUGUAAACAGUUAGAUUUCCUUCCUAUCGUAUGCGAUUUUUGUAAACUCGUUUUUUGUAAGGAUCAUUCUUCUACAAUUGGUCAUUCUUGCCCUAAAAAUGUAGAUAAUUCGGUACCCAACUCAAAGGUUUCAGAUGCUGUUAGCUACAAGUGCACUGAAGAUGGGUGCUCACAGAGCGGUGUUGUCCCGAUGUUGUGUGCCAACUGUCAAAAACAUUUCUGUCUAGCACAUCGACAUCAUGGAUGUUUUGAUGCAAAGCCGGCAAAAAAGGAAAUUGAUAAGCUACGAGCACAUAAGGAACUACAAAAUAAAGUCAAAGCUGAAAUGAACAAACAGGUGGAUUUGACUUUGAAGGCAGCUCAGAAGAAAUCGGCAGCAAGCCGAGCAUUAGCCAACAAACUCAAGUUGAUGAAGAUCAAGGGUAAAGCAGUGGGCGACUUCCGGGUACCCACUACAGAUCGCCUCUACUUCCUGAUUCAGCCGCCCCUCACGACGCCCGGCAAGGAGACCAAGCCCAUCUACCUGUCCAAGGACUGGUCUAUUGGCAAAGCCACCGACUACUGUGCUAAACGGCUCAACAUCGACAACCACAACAACCAGCUCGACAGCCCCAAGUUGCGCCUCUUCCUGCAGGAGACUGGUCAACUCAUAACUCACGACAUGGACACCAUUUUAGGCUCCUUCAUCAAUGAUAGCAUUAUCGAUGGCGAUUCAUUAGUGCUCGAGUUUAUUGAUUUCGAAGUUGCUAAGCAAUGUGGUCCGGUAAGAAUUGAUCCUGAGAAAUAUAAUUGACUCUUUUAUCGCUUAAAUAAAUAAUUAUUUCCUUUCUGCUAA